UUACUGAAGUGAUGAGAUCACAAGGAGAGUUGGACUGGUGCGCGGAGGCAAGUUCAUUUUCACCAUCCUGAACUGUUGUGAUGUUUUCAUACUGGAGUCAUCUCGAACCAUCAACAGUAGGCGAGCAUCACAGUGCCAUUCUGACUGUUUUUCAAUGUAUAUAUUUUAAGGGCUUUUUGUUUGUACUCUAAAUAAUCCAAAUUUACAGGAUAUAACAUGAAUGGAUGGUCUUAGAACUUUACUGCGGGGAGUUUUUCUUUCUAACUGACCAGGUUCCAAAGAAUUGGAUUCUAAAGAGAAUUCGGGAACGGGAUUCAUGAACGCACUGUGGACACCAACAGUUUUAUAAACAAGGUUUUACAUCUUGAAAGAUGGUCCCUUUUCUACAUCAUUGUGGAUCCCUCUUAAUUGCCUUGAUAUGUUACUUAAUGGGAGCAACAUCUUCACUCAAUCUUGAGGACCCAAAUGUAUGCAGCCAUUGGGAAAGUUAUUCUGUUACUGUGCAAGAGUCCUACGCACAUCCAUUUGAUCAGAUUUACUAUACCAGCUGUACUGACAUCCUGAACUGGUUCAAAUGCACAAGACACAGAGUCAGCUAUAGAACAGCCUAUAGGCGAGGAGAGAAAACAAUGUACAGGCGGAAAUCGCAGUGCUGCCCUGGAUUUUAUGAAAGCAGAGAGAUGUGUAUUCCUCACUGCACUGAAAAAUGUGUCCAUGGCCGCUGUAGUGCUCCCAACACCUGUCAGUGUGAGCCUGGCUGGGGUGGACCCAACUGCUCCAGUGCAUGUGACAGUGAACACUGGGGCCCUCACUGCAGCAACCGCUGCCAGUGUAAGAAUAGAGCUUUGUGUAACCCCAUUACUGGGGCAUGUAUCUGCUCUCCGGGCUUCAAAGGAUGGAGAUGCGAGGACAGCUGCGAUCCAGGGAAUUAUGGGAACGGAUGCCAACAGAAAUGCCUGUGCCAAAAUGGAGCUACCUGUGACCAUGUUACUGGAGAAUGCAAGUGCCCUCCUGGGUACACUGGGGCCUUCUGUGAAGACCUGUGUCCACCUGGGAAGCAUGGCCCUCAGUGUGAAGAGAGGUGCCCAUGUCAAAAUGGAGGAGUGUGUCACCACGUCACUGGGGAAUGCUCCUGCCCUGCUGGAUGGAUGGGCACAGUGUGUGGUCAGCCAUGUCCAGAGGGGAGGUUUGGAAAAAACUGCUCCCAGGAGUGUCAGUGUCAUAAUGGAGGAAUGUGUGUCUCAGCUACCGGUCAAUGUCACUGCAGCCCAGGAUACACUGGAGAGAGGUGCCAGGAAGAAUGCCCGUUUGGAACGUAUGGAGUAAACUGUGCCCAGACAUGUCAGUGUGUGAACGGAGGGAAGUGCUACCAUAUAAGCGGUGCCUGCCUUUGUGAGGCAGGCUACGACGGUGAGCACUGCGAGGUCAGACUGUGUCCAGAGGGAGUGUAUGGGAUCAAGUGUGACAAAAAGUGUCCCUGCCAUUCUCACAACACCCAGAGCUGUCACCCCAUGUCUGGUGAGUGCUCCUGCAAACCUGGUUGGUCUGGACUCUACUGCAACGAGACAUGUGCUCCUGGGUUUUACGGGGAAUCCUGUCAACAAAUCUGCAACUGCCAAAACGGGGCUGACUGCCACAGUGUAAAUGGGCAGUGUAUUUGUGCCCCUGGAUUUAAGGGCCCAGACUGUUCAAUGGCUUGUCCGCUGGGGACUCAUGGAAUGAACUGCUCUUCCUCCUGUAACUGCAAGAACAGUGCUGUAUGCUCCCCAGUCGAUGGCUCGUGCACCUGUAAAGCAGGUUGGCAUGGCGUUGACUGCUCAAUAAACUGCCCGAGUGGUACCUGGGGUCUUGGCUGCAAUGUAACCUGUAUGUGUGCCAAUGGAGGAGCCUGCAAUGCUCUGUCUGGGAUUUGUACUUGUGCACCUGGGUGGAGAGGGGAGAAAUGCGAGUUUCAUUGUCAGGAUGGUACCUAUGGAAUGGACUGCACUGAACGCUGUGAUUGCAGUCAUGCGGAUGGCUGUCACCCUGCCACUGGACACUGCCGCUGCCUUGCAGGGUGGACAGGUAUCCACUGUGACAGCGUGUGUGCAGAGGGACGCUGGGGGCCAAACUGUUCGUUAUCCUGCAACUGCAAAAACGGUGCUUCCUGCUCCCCUGAUGAGGGGACCUGUGAAUGUGCUCCUGGAUACAGAGGCACUACCUGCCAAAGGAUUUGUUCCUCUGGUUUCUUCGGGCACCGUUGCAGUCAGGCCUGCCCACAGUGCGUACACAGCAAUGGACCCUGUCACCACAUGACCGGACAGUGUGACUGCCUACCAGGGUUUAAAGGGGCCCUCUGCAAUGAAGUUUGCCCCAGGGGCAGAUUUGGAAAGAGCUGCGGUGGAAUCUGCUCCUGCACCAACAAUGGGACGUGCAAUCCCAUCGACGGGUCCUGUCAGUGCUACCCUGGCUGGAUCGGCAGUGACUGCUCGCAGCCCUGUCCACCAGGACAGUGGGGGCCCAACUGCAUCCACACUUGCAACUGUCACAACGGAGCCUACUGCAGUGCUUACGAUGGGGAGUGCAAAUGUACGCCUGGCUGGACUGGCCUUUACUGCACACAGCGCUGCCCUCUGGGUUAUUAUGGGAAAGAUUGUGCUCUGAUAUGUCAGUGUCAGAAUGGAGCCGACUGCGACCACAUAACUGGACAAUGUACCUGCCGCACAGGAUUCAUGGGGAAAUACUGUGAACAAAAAUGCCCUGCGGGCACGUAUGGCUACGGCUGUCGACAGGUGUGUGACUGUCUGAACAACUCCACUUGCGAUCACAUCACUGGAACCUGUUACUGCAGCCCGGGCUGGAAGGGGCCAAGGUGUGAUCAAGCUGGGGUGAUAAUAGUAGGAAACCUAAACAGCCUGAGUCGGACGAGCACAGCAGUACCGGCAGACGCGCACCAAAUUGGAGCAAUCGCAGGGAUCAUUGUCCUGGUGUUCAUCGUCCUCUUCCUCCUGGCCCUCUUCAUUAUCUACCGGAAGAAGCAGAAGGGCAAGGAGAACACAAUGCCUGCAGUCACUUACACACCCGCCGUGAGGGUGAUGAACGCAGACUGCACCGUCGCAGACACCAUUCCGCAAACUAAUGGAGGCAAUCCCAACAGUAACUACUUCUCUAACCCAAGCUAUCACACACUGACCCAGUGCAUUCAUCCACCACAUAUCAACAACAUGGAGAGGGUUGCGCGUGGCAAGACAAAAAACAACCAGCUUUUUGUAAACCUUAAAAAUGUGGACCAUAGAAAGAGACCCCCGAUGAUGGAUUACACAGGAACACUACCGGCUGACUGGAAACAGGGAGGCUACUUUAAUGAACUUGGGGCCUUUGGUGUUGACAGAAGCUACAUGGGUAAAUCUCUUAAAGAUCUGGUGAAGGGCUCCACCUAUAACUCCAGCUCCUGCUCACUGAACAGCACAGAGAACCCGUAUGCAACCAUAAAGGACCCCCCGAUGUUGAUGCCAAAGAACACAGAGUGUGGCUACGUGGAGAUGAAGUCACCCGCACGGAGAGAUCCCCCCUAUGCUGAAAUUGGAAAUUCGGCCUCCACCAACAAGAACGUCUAUGAAGUUGAACCUACAGUCAGUGUCGUCCAUGGACAAUACAGCAACGGUGGGUCUUUUGUCCAGGAUCUGUAUGAUCUUCCAAAGAACAGUCACAUUCCGUGCCACUACGAUUUACUCCCAGUACGGGAUAGUCCUUCCUUGCCAAGGAAGGACCUCAGCAAAGAUUGAACCCAGCCAACACUGGGGAGGUCAGAGACAGCAAUAGCGCCAUAGUGACCCAUGGCUCAGUGGACCCACUGAAGACCUGUCAUCCACUGACCUGCACACCGGCAGUUUAUGUCUUCUGUAGAUUAUUAUUAUUAUUAUUAUUUGUAUUAUUAUUUUUAUUGUUAUCGUUGUUGUAAUUACCGUUGCAUUUUCAAGAAGAACAUGACACAAGUUUCAGAAUUCAGCAUACAUUUCCAAGAAUGCCACACCAAGGACACCCUUUCUCAGAACAUUCCUGCACUGCCGUUAGCCAGAGGGCAAAACUAAAGAAUUAAACAGAAUUCCAGAACACCAAUGUAAAUUAGUAGAUUGUUAAAGCAUACAUUUGAAAUGCUAGUUAAUGGUUGUUUUUUUUUUUGUAAGGAUGGAAGAUUUGACAGGAAUUACCCAGUGAAUCUCUUUAGAGGGGUGAUUUGAUGAUAUUAAGAAUCUUUAUAAAAAUGUUUAAACUGGAAAUUCCUGUAUAAGCUCAAUUGAAAUCGUUCCAAUGCAUAUCAGUAGUUUUUUCAACAGCAAACAAAUAAAACACUGAUUUAUUUUUGUAAUGAUGAAGCAGACAUAUACUAGGCAAUAAGAGGAAUACCCAGAACAGACUUUCAUUAUUAUUAUUAUUAUUUGUUUAUUUAGCAGACGCCUUUAUCCAAGGCGACUUACAGAGACUAGGGUGUGUGAACUAUGCAUCAGCUGCAGAGUCACUUACAACAACGUCUCACCCGAAAGACGGAGCACAAGGAGGUUAAGUGACUUGCUCAGGGUCACACAAUGAGUCAGUGGCUGAGCCGGGAUUUGAACCGGGGACCUUCUGGUUACAAGCCCUUUUCUUUAACCACUGGACCACACAGCCUCCAUUACUUGUUUUAGUGUGACUGAGAGUGCAGCUGAUACAGUUUUAUUAAACAAGAGGUACAUAUAACAAGUACUGUACUGCAGCCUUCUGUUUUUCUUUUACCCAGUGCAGCAUUUUUGUUAUUUUUGCUAAAUCCACUGCAAUCCUCCUUUGCUUACUUGUUAUCAAAGAGAACUUUUCUAAAUGCACACAUAGUUAUAAUAUGCUUAAGCUGGCCUUUUGCAUUGCAAAAAAAAAAAAAAAAAAAAAAUUAAAAAUGAUAAAAAAAAUAAAUAAAAGAUUUUUUUAUACACACUGCUAGAAUUGUCUGUAUCGUGAAAUGCCUUUUUUUAAUAUAAGCUUUUCUGUACUGCUUUGGUUUUCUUUGUUAUUACUCAAAAGAGCAUUUUCAUUUAUACAAACCUUUAUGUUUUAUAUAGGCAAAGGCAAGUCUCAAACUAUUCUGAGCCAGAUUGUAUUAUGAUGUUGUAUAAAAGACGAUGUAUAUAGCUGUAAAUCACUUUAGAAAUGAUUGAGCAGUGAUGCUUGUUGACAAUGUGUACUGUACAGAAAUACCAUUGUGUAAUAAAAUCAACUUAAGCAGUAUUUUUUUUUUUCCUGUGGUUUUUUAAGAACUAAUUAUGGAAUAUAUAUAUAUAUAUAUAUAUAUAUAUAUAUAUAUAUAUAUAUAUAUAUAUAUAUAUAUAUAUAUUACAUACACAUAAUAAGUUCUUAAAAAAUGUAUUAUAUAUAUUCAUUCUCCUAUGUUGUAAAUCAGAUAUGAUUUAAUGUGAACAAGUAUAUGAUGUGUCUAUCAGAAAUUUAAACAAUGUAGAUUUAGUUUAAGUUGAUCUUUUUUAAUUUGUGUUGUCAAUGGUGAACAGGUUUAUUUAUCUGUUAAAGCACUGAGUUUGGUUCUGGUGCUUUAUUUAGAUCUAUAAUAGCUAGACUCACUCAAUACAACUGCACUUACAGUAUAGAAAUGAGUGCUUUGGCUUUCAACUACCACAUCUGAGCUUGACACCAAGCAAACAUCUGAAUAUGUAUAACCUGAAAACAGCACCCACACAUGGACAGUCAUUGUUAUUUCUUUUCGUCCCAAUGUGUAUGUACUGUAUCAAAUGAGAUUACAAUUUGUCAUUUUAUUCACUGAAAUUUCCAAAAGAAAAACUGAAGACAGUGUUAUUAUUACCUUUUACUACCAUUGUUAAACAUGAAAUUGCUUUAGUUUUCUGUAGAUCAUUUGCAACAAGCUUUCCAAUAAAAAAAAUAUUAAAGUAUAA